CUUUAUUAGGAAUCAAAUCAGGAAACUGCAUCGACCAGACAAAACGAAAACGUGACGGCAAACAGUUCCGUGCCACCCUCCUCCACUGGUCAAUCCCCAUCCCCUGUUCCGUUCAUACAUCUACCUCCGCCGCCGCCAUGCCGCCGGCCGGCAGCCUCACCGCCGACCAGCUCAGCUUCUUCGAGAAGAACGGCUACCUGGUGCUGGAGUCGUUCUCGAGCGCGGAGGAGGUUCAGGCGAUGCGGGACCGCAUGGCCCAGCUCGUCGACGGCUUCGACGGCGCUGACUCCAGUGUCUUCUCCACUAAGGAUCAUCGGCAGUUGAAGGACGACUACUUCUUUAAGAGUGCAGAGAAUAUAUCUUUCUUCUUCGAGGAAAAGGCAUUUGGAGAUGAUGGAUGCUUGAGACAGCCAAAGGAACUUUCAAUCAAUAAAGUUGGGCAUGCACUGCAUGACCAUGACCCUGUGUUCAAAAAGUUUGCUUUCUCGGAGAAUAUUUCUAGCCUGUUCUCUUCUUUAGGUUACAAGAGACCUGCGGUUAUUCAAUCUAUGUACAUCUUUAAGCAACCGGGCAUUGGUGGCGAGGUGGUGCCACACCAGGAUAAUACAUUCCUCUAUACAGAGCCCCUAUCAUGCACAGGAUUGUGGCUUGCACUUGAAGAUGCAACAAUUACCAACGGUUGCCUAUGGGCAAUUCCCGGAUCACAUAAAAACGGUCUAAAAAGGCGAAUGAUCAGAGAUGAAAAUGGUACUCAUUUUGAUCGCCCCUCCCCACUUUAUGACCAGAAAGAGUUUGUACCACUGGAAAUGAAAUCAGGUGACUUCGUUGUUAUUCACGGCGAUCUUGUACAUCAGAGCUUCGAGAACCUUUCUCCAGUGUCAAGACAUGCACUGAGCUUACAUGUAGUUGACAUGGAAGGAUGUAAAUGGUCCAAGGACAACUGGAUACAGAGGAAAACUGCGCCUGAACCGCUCUAUGUGUCUUAGUUCAGCCAGUUACUAAUAAACGUGAUAUCUUCAGCAAGCAGUUUCAGUUGCUUAUCAUCGGUGCAGUGAAAAUUGGGAACGCCGCGGAGCAAUGCUGGUUUCUUUGUUGUCUUUCACAUGUGUACACUGUAAAUACUGAAUACCUGCUGUUGUGUUGUCAUGAUAUCAGUUACUAUCUGCAAUCCUGAAAUAAAUCCAAUUUCCUCCUCA